AUGCCCUCCCUAACAGUAGCAGUCGCCCAAUCCCGCACCCAACCCACCCUCCCAGAAACCCUCCGCGCCCUCGAACGAACAACAACCCUCGCCUCCCACCGCGGCGUCCACCUCCUCCUCUUCCCAGAAGCCUAUCUAGGCGGAUACCCCCGGACCUGCACCUUCAACACCGCAGUCGGAACCCGCCACCCACGCGGCCGGGACCAAUUCCUCGCCUACUUCAAGUCCUCCAUCGAUCUAGGCGACACGCCAUGCGGCGCCGGCGAUGAAUGGAUUUCUCGAAGACUGGAGGCAGCAGAGGGAAAGCGGUUCCGAGGUGACGGGACGAGGGAGUUCCUCGAGCGUGUGUCGAGGGAGUUCCUCGAGCGUGUGUCGAGGGAGACGGGUGUUUUUAUUGUUACCGGGUUGGUGGAGAGAGCGGGGGGCAGUUUGUAUUGUGCUGUUGUUUAUGUUGAUCCUGUUAGAGGGGUUUUGGGAAAGAGGAGGAAGGUUAUGCCGACGGCCGCCGAACGCCUAAUCUGGGCCCAGGGUUCGCCCUCCACCCUCCGUGCAGCCACAACAACCCUAAACGGCAUCCCGCUAACUAUAGCAUCGGCAAUAUGCUGGGAAAAUUACAUGCCACUUCUACGUCAGAGUCUGUAUUCCCAGAACGUUAAUAUCUACCUCGCUCCCACGGCUGAUGCACGCGAUACAUGGCUCCCGCUUAUGCGGACUGUCGGUGCUGAAGGCCGGUGUUUCGUGCUCUCGGCGAAUCAGUGUGUGCGACAUUCUGAAUUGCCGGAGUGGAUUACCGGUGUAAGAAAGAACCAGAAUUCAGAUGCAGAUGAUGCUGCACGCACUCCAUCCAAGACGGCGGGGACGCAGCUGGAAAGGAAAGUGUCUGUCACUGCUGAGGGUCCGCAUGAGAUUGUCUGGCCGCAGACUCAUGAGGCUCCGGGUAAGGAGCAGGCCCAGGGCGAGGGUCAGGAGAAUCCCACGAAUACUAAACACCCCCUGGAUCCUACGGAGUCAGAAUGGGAUUAUGUCUGUCGUGGAGGAAGUUGUAUUAUCUCGCCUCUUGGGGAGGUUCUUGCCGGACCGUUGUGGGAAGUUUGCACAGAUGACGUGCCGGAUAGUAGCGAAGCUGCAGUGAGUGAUUCGGCGCCUGGUACGUCAGCUGAGUCUCGUCCUGCUGUUGCGGCUGGUGAUGGGUUGGCUAUUGCGCGGAUUGAUAUGGAUGAUUGUGAGCGUGGACGACUUGAUCUUGAUGUCGCUGGGAGUUAUUCACGGGAUGCGUUUAAAUUUGAGGUUGAAGGGUUGGAUUUGGCGCCGCCGCCUUUGUAG